AUGCCGCCUCUAACGGCCGUUCCAUCGCUAGCAAGCGAUAACACCACUUCGGCAUCGUCAUCCUCCUCAUCCCGUCUAUCCCUAGACACAGGAUGGGCAUCGGGCCUCAUCCACCACUCCAUCCUCGAAGACGACGGAACGGGCGCGCUCGUAGUUCCCCCUCCCACCCGCCCUAUCCAGACCCUCCCUCAUAACCACAAUCACAACCACCAUCCUCCCAAUCAACACACAUACAUCUGCCUCUUCCACAUCCUCAACUGCCACCAGACCUUCACCGAACCCGACCACUGGCGAACCCACGUGCAAAGCCACUUCCGCACGCACGAGCCCCCCCACACAGCGCGCUGUCCCCUCUGUCCCCGCGAGCGCUUCGUCGACUCCCCCGACCGCAAAGCGUGGGACGCCAUGCUGGACCAUGUGGAUACCGUGCACUACCAGGCUGGUCAGACGCUCGCUGGUAGCAGGCCGGAUUUCGAGCUGAUGCAGUACCUUUAUGGGCUGAGGAUUAUCAGCGUUGAUCAGUUCAAGGUUAUGCAGUUGCCGCCGCCGCCGGAGAGUCCGGCUUAUCAUCGCUCGCUGGAGACUGUGAGGGCGAGUAUUGGGUCGGCGAAUGAGCCGUUUUGUGCGCCUUAUAGUCGGAGACGGGAGCAGAGGAUGAGGGGGCAGAGGCGGGGGGUGGGGGUUGCUUGA